GCCGACGAAAUCGAGCAAGAAGUGACAAGUUUGGACUGGUUGGGGACGCGUACGUUCGGCAAGUUUUUCGCAAAAAUAGUAAAGUUGAUGCAAUUUGCGCCGUGAUUGACCGCUCGGAAUCGACGCCGAAAGUGGGGCGCCAUCGGAAGCGAACGGAGUUGGGUGGAAUCUGGUGCCGGAAGAGGCCGAAUUUGGCGACGGAAAAAGUUGCUUCCCGGGGGCCGCCAAAAUCGAAGUAGGCUUGGGUAGCGGCGGCGGCGACGGUGGCGGAGCCUGCUGCGAGAGCGCGGGAACUUUCGAUUGAGCUGUCGCGGUGAAUCGUUUUCUGGUGCGAGCGAGUAAAAAGACAAACAUAAACAAUAAAAAUAAUAAAGAGCGCACCGUCGCAAAGUGGGGGCUGUGCGUGUGUUAGCAAAAGUCAGUCGCGAUUUUGACGGAACUCGGAGAUAAACAUAAACAGUUGUCAUAAAGUGGCUGAAAAAUAGGCGCUUUUUCCAGAAGGGCAUCGAAAAACCAAAGGGACGCCGUCAAAUUUAGUGGAAUUUAAUUUGCAUCCAGUGCAACUACUGCUCGAACCUCAACAAUGCCGCGCUUGAAGAAGAAGGAGGUGGCCACUCCGCCUGCCGCUGCCGCUCCGGAGGCAGCGGCCCUCACCCUAACGGCCGGUCGCUCCCGGCGCACCAUCAAACCGAACCGGAAGUAUCUGAACGACAGCAUCGUGUCGAUGCCACCCUCGAAGACGUCGUCCCGCUCGAGCAGUCCGGACGACAGCGAUCUCAGCGAGGACGAGUACCGGAAGAAUGCCCGCGACGAGGAGGAGGAAGAGGACGAUGACGACGAUGAGGAGGUCGUGCCGGUGAAGUCGGCGGCUGGGAGGAAGAGUGUGGCGGCCGCUGCGGCGAAGAAGACGUCGUUAUCUCCGGGGUCAAAACCGCGCGGCAGGCCGCCCAAGUCGGGCAAGGCAGCGGUGAAGACGGAACCGGUCAAGAAUCUGCGCAAGGAGGUGAUGAAGAAGAUGGACCUGACGACGCUGAGCGUGGGCAAGGCGCGCGUGCUGCUGACCCCGCUGAAGCAGGACCCGAAGCGAAAGCUGAACCUGGAUGAAACGGUGGAGAAGGAAAAACCAACCCCGAAAGCUCGUGAGGCGGAAAAGGUGGAAAAACCGCGGGAAAUCGUCAAGCAAAAAGUCGUGGCAAAGCAACGCGAACCGGAGAAGGUUCCGCCGGCGGCGGUUGCCCGCGAGCGGGCCAAGUCGGAGGCUCGCGUUGUGCGCAAGAAGGCGGAGCCGCCGCCGCCAGCGCAGGCUAGCAAGAAAGAAGACGUGGACGCCCAGAAGAAGGUCAUCAAUCCGGUUGCGGUGAAGAAGCAGCUGGUGGAGAAGUCGAUUCUGGACAAGCGUGCCAAGAAGGUCGAGGAGGAGGAGGAGGAGGAGGACGAUGAUGAUGAUGAUGAUGACGUUCAGAUUGUGGGAAUAAGUCGGGAGACGAAUCCGGUGUUGGGGCGGAAAGCGGCCCGCAAGAGUCCGCUGGUGGCGAAGCAGAUUUCGCCGCUGCCGAGGAAGGUUCCGGGCAAGGCAACGCCGCCUGUGGCGGCUGGUUUGAAGCGCAAAGCGGAAGUGGAUGCGAAGCCGCAGCAGGGUCGGCCGGUGAAGAACGCUAAGCUGUCGAUUACGGUCGAUUCCGAUGAUAGUGAGAGCAGUGGCGUUGAGGAGGUUGAAGAUGAGGAACCGGCGCGUCGGACGACGCGGUCCAGCUUGCCGUCGGACAAGGGUUCGGCGGCGUCAACGCCGCAGAACAGUUCCGUUGGGAAGGUCGCCCCGGCUAAAGAGUCGCCAGCUUCGGCGCGAGGUAGAAAGGAGUCGGACUCGGUGAAGUCUUCCCUGACGAAAUCGAUCAGCAUGCCAGCGUUGGACAAGUCCAAGCAGGGAUUGCCGGGCAAGUCAGUGCAGACGCCGGCCGCCAAGACACUGUCCAAGCCAAUGGCAGCGUCCACUCCGAAGCCUUCGGCCGCGGCACUUCCUUCGAAGAGCAAAUCCGAGCUGAAUCUCGUUGAUCCGAUUCUUUCAACCGGGAAGGCACCGACGUCGGCGGAUCGUGCCAAGGCCAAGAGUGCCACCAUUCGGAUCGUGGACAUUGGCGACAUCAUGAAGAAGCGAGCGGCCAGCACGCCGGACGUCCGGAAAGAUGCCUACGAAAGCAGCAGCAGCAGCAGCGAUUCCGACGAUGGCGAACCAUCCAAGCCAAAGACCAACACCGAACUGGUGGCGUCGAUUCUGGAGCGCAAACAGGCCGUCAACGUGGACCACCUCCGGACGAAUCGACCUUCGAAGCGUGGCCGACCAGCCAGUGCCGCCAACAAAGCCUCCCCCAAAGGUCGUCAAUCUACACCCGCCGCCGCCACCCCCACUGAAGAAGAAGACGAAAUCGACUUUGAGGACAUGCUGCAAACGAACAUCGUCACCGCAAACAAGGUCCAGAAGGUGAUGCAACCGGCGGCCGGAGCGCGCCAGCGAAGGUCCGACGAAAACACCAACAAGCGACCUGGUAACAACAACAACAACCUGUACAAAUCCAACAACAACGGCCGCUUCGGCUCCUCGAGCUCCCUGAACCGGUCUGGGUCGGCCUCGCCCCACAAAAACCCACCCCGCAUCCUCAACUCGACCAUGAAGAUGGGCGACAGCCGGCCCUUUGCCAAGCUGGUCUCGAACAGCGGCAACAAGCACUACUCGAUCGACCUGACCGACCCGGACAACAACGUGAAGCUGGUGGCCUCGCCGGAUUCGCCACCACCACCGACGACGACGACGCAGCCGAUCAAACGGGGUCCUCCGGUGAAGACCAUUACGCGACCUGCUACGGCCGCCGGCGGUCUGCGGAACGCCGGCAACGCGCUGAACAAGCCGAUUGGAGGGGCGGUGCAGCGAUCCGUUUCGUCGUUGACGGCGGGAUCAACAACGGGUAGUCCCAAAAUGAAGAAGAUCACCUGCUACGAGACUUGGUACGUCAUCAACAUCCCCAACAGCGAAAACAAACCGGAGAAGCCCUCGUUCGCCAUGUCCAUGAUCGGCCUCGGAAACAAAGCGGACAAGAUCCAGCUCCCCUCGGACGAGUGGUCCCACAAGAUCAUCCUGACGAAGCGGAAAACGGCCCCCGCCGACGGCGACGAGGUGUUCAACGGGGACGUCGAGGACCGUGCCAUCAGCGAGGAGGAAAAGCGCAACUACGAACCGUGCAACAUCAUGUUCCGGCGGCGAACGGCCGUGCCCGGCAAGUUUAACCUGCAGUACGACCGGGCCGUCAUCUUCAAGAACGACACCUUCUUCAUCAACGUCGACGGCAAGAACUGCCAGCUGGUGGGGGCGCCCACCAAGCUCGACGACGCCGCCGACAUCGAGACGCUCCUCUCGGUGGUGGACUUUGUGAAUCUGAAAAACACCUGCGUCGAACUGUCGGCGGCCUAGGCGCGCGCCGGUGGCGACCAUCAGUGUACAUAGCUUUUUAUCAAGGCGGAUGACGACGAACGAAACAAACACACACAUUUACACACACAUACACACAAUUUAUAGCCGUACAAGGAUAAACCGAGAGAUGAUUUAUCGUGACUAUUUUUCGCGGACGGGUUUCAGUUGGCUUGCCAUUUGAAAAAAAGCAAAAAACCCGCUGCAGGCGCUCCCCACUGAAGAAGAGAGGUAAAUAUCGUUGAUUUUUGCAUUGUGGGUAAGACCUUUUUAUUUUCAAAGAGAGACAUGCGUUCAGCCUUUUUUAACAGAUUGUAUUUUGAAACAAAAUAUAACUGCUCUUUUGAGAGCACGCACUCCGUUUUGGGGAAUUAAAUGCCCUCCGCCCCAAAUCAGUACUCGUUAUUUAUUAGCAUGUCGCGUACAGAUUAUGUUAAGAACGUCUCUCACAUCUUUUCUAUAACGAUUGGUUAACGAAUUAAGGUGAACCUAGGUGUAAGUAGUGCAUUUGCAAUACAAAAUAGUGGCAAAAUACAGAGAGAACAUUUUUUGUAA